UUAAAUGAAAUUUAUAUUGUUAAGUCAAAAUGGUGGCAGUUUUAAGAGGCCAACAUAACACCCGCUGGUUUUUUGAAAUUGUCGAAAAAAAAUUGUGAUUUAUCAAAAACGUGACAUUUAAAUCACGAUUUUGAUACGUUCAACAUGAUAAUAAAUUAUAUUACUUGUUUCCUAUAUAAUAUUGUCGCUCAUAUGUUAGUGUUUAAUGGAAUUAAAAAUCUAACCUCAUAAUUAAAGCAGUUUAUAUUUUAAUAGUAUUCGAAAACCAUGCAUGAACGACUAUUAUUUAUGUAUUUUAAAAAGUCUUGGAAUAUUCAUUAAACGUUAUAAUAUUGCUGCUUAUUGAAAAUAUCAUUCAAAAAAGAAUAUUUUAAGAAUUCACAGAAGUUCUAAAAAAUUUUAAAAAUUUUAAAAAAUUGAUAUCCAUGCAAAUUCUAUUAUAUUGUAUCAGAAAAAUAUAAAGACUAUGCUAAAAAUGAUUUCCCAAAUGUCACAUAUUAUGACUCUUGCAAACAGCAUCAUUGGAGUAAGCGUUCUUGCAAUGCCAUAUUGUUUCAAGCAAUGUGGCAUUGUUUUAGCCAUUGUAGUCUUAAUAUUGAGUAGUAUUCUAUCCAGGCUUGCUUGUUAUUUUCUUAUUAAAUCAGCUGUGAUGUCCAGAAGACGAAAUUUUGAACUUUUGGCUUUUCAUGCAUUUGGUCAUAUGGGCAAAUUCUUGGUAGAAUUAUUUAUCAUUGGUUUUCUUGUGGGAACAUGUAUCGCUUUCUUUGUUGUUAUGGGCGAUUUAGGACCACAAAUUGUGAGAAAAGUGAUAGAUAAAAAUCCAGAGGAUAUUAGGACUAGUUUAUUAGUAGCAACAAGUAUUUUCAUAGUUUUGCCAUUGGGAUUACUUAGAAAUAUUGACAGCCUGACUACUCUUAGUACUGCUACUAUCAUCUUUUAUCUUUGUCUUAUAUUGAAGAUAAUAACAGAAUCUGUGCAGCACAUUUUUGCUGGAGAUUGGUAUGAGCAUGUAUAUUAUUGGAAACCUUCUGGUAUACUUCAAUGUGUACCUAUCUUUUCUAUGGCUUUAUUCUGUCAAACCCAACUUUUUGAAAUUUAUGAAACAAUUCCAAAUGUAUCUUUAGAAAAAAUGAAUGAAGUUGUACAUGGUGCAUUAAAUAUAUGUACUAUUGUAUAUCUUUGCGUUGGUUUCUUUGGUUACAUUGCAUUUUGUACAGAACCAUUUACAGGCAAUAUAUUAAUGAGUUUUGAGCCUAGUUUAUCAUCUGAAAUGAUUAAGAUGGGAUUUGUAUUUUCUAUCGCAUUUAGUUUUCCCCUAGUCAUUUUCCCUUGUCGUGCAAGUCUGAAUUCUCUUUUAUUUCGUAGGGUAUAUGCUCAUGAACCUUGUGUAAAUUAUUUACCGGAAACAAGAUUUAGAUGUCUCACUAUUAUAAUUGUAGCUGUUUCUUUGAUUACUGGCAUUCUAAUACCAAAUAUUGAAUUUGUCCUUGGUUUAGUUGGAUCUACCAUUGGAGUAAUGAUUUGUUUGAUAUUUCCUGCAAUAUUUUUUAUAUCUAUUAGUAGUAAACAUACUAAUGAAAGAUUAUUAGCUCAAAUAAUCCUAUUUAUUGGUAUCUGUAUUAUGAUUCUAAGUACAUAUGCAAAUUUAUAUGCAUUAGAAGAAUCUACUAAUACAAAAAUAUUAACACCAACAAACAAGCCUUCUAAUCAAAUAAAUGGUUUACCAUUAAAUUUAAACAAAGAUGAUAAUAAUGCAAAUUUUCCGAAUAAUCCUAAAAUUCUUCCAAAUAUUAAAGAGGAAAUGAAUAAAUUACCAGACUUAAAUGUUAUUAAGAAUUCUUUAAAUUUACAAAUAAACGAUAUACGACAAGAACCACCGAUACCAGUUGAACGUAUAAUUAUUACAGAAAAACCAAUGAUAGAAACACAAAAAUCUGUUGAUAAUAUAUUGGUUACUUUUGCUCCAGUCAUUAAAAAAAAUUUAGAAAAAGUAAAACCGAUAGAUAUAAGUUUUGAUAAACAAUUAAAUAAUUUAGUAAAAAAUGACAUAACAACGAUAGAAUCUAUUAUUGAAAACAAAAAAGUAAGCAAUUUAAUGAAAAUAAAAAAAAAUUUUAUUAGUACAAAGAAACAAGAUAAUCUUAUAAAUUUUGAUGCAAUUAAAAAAGAAGAGUCAGAAUUAGCAGCUUAUAUUGAAGCUGUUAAUAUGUUAUCUGUUGAGAGACAUGAAAAAUUUAGAAAGACUUUAGAAAAAGAUAAACAAGAAAUUGAAAAACAAAAGCAGAAAAUUAUACAAGCCAAACAGGAACAUAAAAAUGAAGAUGAAGAUAAAUCAAAGACUCUUAAUGAAAAAUCAAUUAUGAUGGAUCUAGAUAAAAAUUCUACAAUUAAUAGUUUCAAAAAGGAAUCUUUACAAAAAGAAAAUACUGAUGAUAAAAUUCUUGAUUUAGUUCUUUUGAAUAAUAAAAACUUAUAUAAAAAAAAAGAUAUAAAUAUGAAUUAUACGUUAUUUGAUAACAAACUAAAUAAUGAAAAAAUUAAAGAAAUAAAUUCUAAUAAUUCAAAAGAAUUACGUAAAGGGCCUAUUUUGAAUGCUUUAACAAAACGAGUAUUGCAAAGAUCUAUUUCCAUUAAUGACUCUAAAUUAAAUGAUAAAACUGAACCUGAUAAAAUCAUGCAUAAUAAUAAAGAUAAUUCUAGUGAUAUGAUUCCUAAUUCACGAGAAAAAAUACAAAAUGAAUAUUUCUUACCAAUUGCAUUAAAAAUGCGAAAUCAAACAAAAGUAGAGAAUACAUUAAAUCCAAUAGAGCAUAAAUCUGAUAAAGAUGUGCAAAUAAUUCAUAGAGAUAUUUUAGAAAAUCAUGAACGUGAAAAACGAGAAAUUAAUAUAGAAAUAGAAGAAACUAGUACCAAAGUUACAAGUGAUAUUUCAAAUAAAAAAUCUGAUAAUUUAAUAAAAAAUUUCAUUAUUAAAGAUAACGAAAAAUGCUGUAAACGAAAAAAAAAAUUAGAAAAAAAUUUAACGAAUAAAUUAAGUGAAAAAAUAAGUCAGAAUUUAUCUAAAAAUAAUACAAUUGAAAUAUCAUUGAUUAAAACUAAUGUAUAUUUGUCAGAUCAAAAACUUGAAAAUGCACUUUCAAUAGAUUCAAAUAUUUCUAUUAGAGAAGAAUAUAUAAAAUUGAAACAAAGGGAUUUAAAAUUCGUGAAUACCGGUGAAGAUUAUAUCUAAACAUUUGGAGACCUGAUUAGAUUUAAUUCAAUAAUAUAAAUGAUAUACAUAAAAAUUUAAUUUUAUAAAUGUUAAUAACAAGUAUUAUUUUUUCUUAUUAUCAAAUUGCAAAUAGAUAAAAAAGAUUUUAAAUAUUGAAAAAUAUCAUAUUGAAUAUUAUUGUACAUAUCAUUAUUCUUCUAUGUAAUCAAUGAAUAAUUGAAAUCAUAAAUAUAUUUUUAAAUUGAAAA